AUGACUACAGUUUUGAUUACUACUGGAGCAACAGUUACAUUUAAGUCAUUGAUACAAACCAUACUCACUGUUGAUUUCAUAACCAAUCUUGUCAAUACAGGCGUCACUAAACUAAUCAUUCAAUAUGGUAAUGAGAUCAAGAAUUCCAAGCAUAUAAGUACACAGUUUUUCCAAGCACAAUUGAAAUCCAGCAAUAUCAUCCCCCAUUUCAAGUUUGACAUAUCUGAAGAUCUCAACAAGACAGUGCUAACAAUGCCCACCUUUGAGAUUGUGGCAUUUCCGUUUGAUUCAAAUAUCGUUGAUGUGAUAAACAAAUCCGAUUUAGUGAUUUCGCAUGCUGGUACGGGUUCAAUCAUAGAUACGUUACGGAACAACAAGAAAUUAAUCGUCGUUGUGAAUGACACCCUCAUGGAUAACCACCAGUUGGAAAUUGCCAAUGAGUUUGCCAAUCUUGAUUACUGUUUGAGUUACACGGUGCAUGGUCUUCGCCAAGAUCUGUUUUUCUACGAUCUAAAGAGACUACUCGCGGGUGAGAUCAAGUUAAAGCCGUUCCCAGAGACUGACGGGUCAAUUGUCGAAUCAAUUAUCUGUGAAGAACUAGCAAAGUAG